GAGAAACCAAAGAUAGGUUGAGUGGAGAUUAGGCCAAAAAAAACUCAUCGGUCCCCAAAUUCGAGAAAAAGUAGAAACUUUGAUCCCCAAAUUCACAGUGAUCUCCGUCUCGUCGUUGCCUGAUCUCCCUGAAAGAUUCUGAAUUCAGCUUUUCUCCGGUGACUUCAUCAAGAUUUCGAUUUCGUGUAAUCACAAUUAGGGUUUCGACGAUCAAUCACUAGGAGAAUUAGAUCUUUGAUUUUGAGGAGUAUGUAUAUCGAAGACGUGACUGAAAAGGAAGAGAAGGAGGAGAGAUCGGUUAGGGUAGAGGAUGGAGAAAAGGAGAUAGUUGUGAGCAGUGGAAAGGUGAUUGUGUUGAAGAUGGCACUAGUUGGUGUUGGUGCACGUGCCUUGUUCUAUCCAACUUUGGUUUACAACGUUGUUAGGAAUAAGGUUGAGUCUGAGUUUCAUUGGUGGGAUAGGGUUGCUCAGUUUAUAUUAUUGGGAGCUGUUCCGUUUCCAUCUGAUGUUCCACGGCUGAAGGAGCUUGGUGUUUGUGGAGUGAUCACUCUGAAUGAGCCGUAUGAGACUUUGGUUCCAUCAUCUCUCUACAAAGUCUGUUUCCUUUUCUCUGUCUAUUGUGACGAAACUAUACUAAUGCUCUGUUUUUUUUGUUUUUAUUUACUAAACUUGUUGUUUUGUUUUUUUUUACUCUUGUGGAAGUCUUACUGCAUUGACCACCUGGUGAUUGCCACGAGAGAUUAUUGUUUUGCACCUUCCAUGGAAGCUAUAUGCCAAGCUGUAGAUUUUAUCCAUAGUAAUGCUUCACUUGGGAAGACGACUUAUGUUCAUUGCAAGGCUGGUCGGGGCCGCAGCACAACUGUUGUCAUAUGCUACUUGGUGCAACACAAAAACAUGACACCUGAAGCAGCUUAUGAUUACGUGAGGUCAAUCAGGCCUAGAGUAAAAUUAGCGACCACCCAAUGGAAGGCCGUUCUUGAGUACUACCAUGUCAGGGUGCUGAAUACUCAGAGUUCCUUACCUGAUGCAGCUUCAGCUUUGAUUCCAAGAAAUGUGAAGCAGGUUUGUUCUGGGAAUGUGGUUGUGUUUGAAGAUGGGUCGAUGGUGGUAGUGACCCACUCAGAUGUAGAGGGCUAUGAUGAUGAGUCAAAGAGGUCAAUGAAUGUUGCUAGGAACGAGUUAUGGGUGAAAGUGGUGGGGCAAGCUGCAUUGGCGAGGAUCUCAUACUUGUGGCUUGGCUUGCGUGAGGACCACAAACUUUCUCGGAAAAAUCUUUCCAUGAAAGGUAUAAGCGUGGACAUAUCUGUCUACUAAUGAUUAUGAAGAAUGACUCAGAUGAGUCCCCAGUGACAAAAGUGUAUAAAUAAAUAAAAAGGGAUCAGAUCAGAUAUAGAAGAAAGCUAGCGUUUUGUAAAUCCUAAUUAAAUACUACCUUUUGCCCCCUCAUCAACCUUUGAUGAUAAAAAAACCAUAAAUUAAUCUCUUUAAGUAUCAUAAUCAGUCUUUUGAGUUUGUAACCCCUUUAGAGAUUAUCUAUACUAUUAAAGCAGAAUCCCUCCUAUAAUUCUGCCCUUAAAUAUUUGAGUUAUUUACAUUAGUAUGCCAUUGCUA